AUGCACUGCAACUUUGUAGACUACCAGCUGUUCAGAAGGCAGGCAGUGUGCGCAGACAUAAAGGUACCCGUGAUAUCUUUGGAUCAUAAAGAAAAUAAAACAGAAACUACUGUCAAUGAACCUUUGAGGUUCCUCCCGUUCAUCAUGCUCAUCGAUCGUGACAAAGACACGAGCGAGUACUGGCGAGAGACUGAGAUUCUGUCUCUGGUAAAGAACAACGACGCAAACAUAGACUACGAGAAGUGCGAGAUGAGUAGUCCUGAGAAGAUGCUGGUGCACAUCCCAACCAGAAGGACCGUACGACCGAUAUGUAGGAAUAAUAACGAUUUCCAGCUUUGUCCUCAAUGUCCACGUUUUAACAACAUCACAGAGUGUGAACUAUUCAGUGAUUCAUGCAAAGAACGCAGGGUGUUACCGUCGGAGUACCGCACGUACUGUGAUAAAAAGUACGGUCGGUGGAGAACCAUGUUCGUCCCGGCCGACUACUCGCAGUGUCGCUGCUGCGACGAAUGCGUGUUCUACAGAGAAAUGGAUCAAUCCUGUGUAGCUGACGAAUAUAACUUUGAUGCUGACGAAUUUUUGCCUGUAGCCACGAUUGACUUCACAGCUGGCUGCAACCCCUAUUGGGGUCAUCCGGAACAGGAGUACAGGGCAUUGCGCUGUGACGGAAUCUUAAGGAGAUGUGUACCUGUUACCGUGCCUUCGUUACCUAGUGAAACAUUGAACAUCCGUCGCACUUACCGCUUCGAACCUCCCAUUGAAGGCAGCGACUGUCCUGUCUCUUGUCGCGGCUACGACUGUCGCGGCGGACUGGUGAAGGAGGCUGACUGCGCUGCGGGCGCGUUCCUCCCGGACAAAGAACAGUGCAACUGCUGCGGCAAAUGUAGCGCCUACCAACAACUCAAUCAAAAAUGUGCAGAAUUUAAGAAGACUAUUCAUCGCGUUAAUGGAACCGAAGAAACGGAGAUAGAAGAAGAGUUCUUGGAGCCAGGCUGUGACGAUGGGCUGGUUUGCCGCCAGGGCUUCUGUCAGGACAUACACUCCGUGCAGACUUCGGCUGGCUUCCGGAAAAAGCGUGACCAGAACAUCCUGGAAGCUAAAGAGCCAUGCAAGAAGGAGUUGAAGUACUACAAGAAGAAGUACGGCAAGAACGGCCAUCUGCAUUUCAACGCCCCGCAGUGCACUCCGCUUUGGCUCUACGCUCCAGUUCAGUGUCGACGGUUCGUCUGCUAUUGCUCCUUGGAAGACGGCACCUUCAUAGACGGCAUUAAGGUUCCGCGCGUUGAGGUCUCCAACAUGAAUUGUGAUUGCGUGCGCGAGAAGUGUCGCACGGGCGCCGAGGUGCAGUGCGACGGCUACGGGAACUACAAGCAGGCCACGUUCACUGCGCACACGGAGGAUCUGUACCAACGCAUGAAGAGUAGGGUUCACUAUAGCACCAUCGUCAUCAUCAUCAUCAUUGUCAUCAUCAUCAUCAUCAUCAUCAUCAUCAUCAUCAUCAUCAUCAUGUACUAA